GAUCAUCAGAGAUGACAAUUCAAUUGGGAAUGGAGUUCGAAGAUCCUGAAGUAACAUUACUCGCAGAACAAUUACAGCAAAUGACAUUGUCACAACUAGAUAGGACCCUACAACUUGAAAAGAAACAAGAAGAUCCAAGAAUCAGAGCGGGAUUAAGACAACUAAAACAACGAUUAGAAA